UGGAAAAUAUUUGUAGGAAAAGAAGAUUAGAUGGACUACAUGGUUUGGCUAUUCGAUGGGGAACAGUUGGUGAUGUUGGGAUAUUUACAGAGAUGAAUGUGCGAUCUAACGAGACGUUGAGCUCUCUUGAACCAAUUCGUUUGAAUUUAGUAUUGGAUUCAUUUGACAAAACUUUAAUGUCAUCCGAUGAUAGUUCACUUUUCACCAUAGUUUCAUUUUCUGAUAAAAAAAGUGCAUCAUCAAUAGGAAAUAGAAACUCAUUAAAACAGAGAAUCUUUCAUAUCCUUAGUGUUAAAGAUGCAACUAAAGUUGAUCCACAAUCAACUUUAUCUGAGCUUGGUAUUGAUUCAUUGAUGGCAGUUGAAAUUAAACAAGCUCUCGAUACUGAUUACGAUUAUUCAAUGACAACCAAUGAAAUUCGAGAACUGAAAGUUGGUGAAUUAGAUGAACUCGAAAAUAAAUUGAAAAAAUCAGAGAAGAAAAAAGUCAACUCCACUCAUUCAUUACCAAUAUACAGAAAUAUUUUCCAUGUUCAUACGCAAUUAUUUAUCCCAUUGAAUAGAAGUGAAUUUGGAUUACCAUACUUUUACUUCCCAGGUCAAUCGGGUCAAUUUGCUGUCGUUAUUCCAGUAUUUGAAUCAUUCUCAAAACCAGUGAUUGGCAUCAGUUGGACCAAAGACUGUCAGAAUCUCGAAUCAAUGGAUGAAGUUAUUAACUUUUAUGUGGACUCACUUAUAACCAAAUAUCCAAAUGAGAAGACAUUUAAUCUUAUUGGUUUCUGCUUUGGUGGAGUGAUAGCCUUCAAAGUGGCCAUUAGCUUACAAAAGAAAUUGGGCCAAGAUUCUGUUAAAACUCUCAUCAUUAUGGAUUCAUCCCCCGAAAUUGUAAACAGCAAAACGAGAAAUGUUUAUGAAGAAUAUGCAGGAAAAGAUGAAAGCACAAUAUUUAUAUGCUUUAUAUUUGAUUAUUUCUCACAGUAUAUGAGAAGUGAUGAAAAGAACGAAGUGAGAACAAAACUGUUAGAGUUCGAAACGAAACAAGAAAAAUUAGAAUAUGCAACUGCAACUAUCAACAGGAUUGGAUCAUUUGAAUAUGAUGUUAACCAAAUAAGUGAUGCUAUUGAUCUUUUUGUAGAUAAGCCGAAAAAAGCUGCCGCUGUAAAAGUGGACGAAAAUUUCAACGGUGAAAUUGUUUUAAUUCGAGGAACAGAUUUGCAUGAGUUUAAUGCAGAUUUCAAUCAUUUGGAAGAUUAUGGAUUAUCUAAAUAUACAAAUGGAGCUGUCACUGUUUUCAAAUUACCUGGACAACACGAUAACAUGAUUAUAGAGAAUUCGAAAGAAAUCACUGAGAUUCUUGAAGCGUUGGCAAUGAAAGCAUCUACUGGAUAAAUGAACUGUACUGAAUAAAAACUGAAAAAUAAAUUUUCAAAUUUUAUUCAUCAUGAAAAAAGUUCUGAUUCUCGAUUGGAAAAGAUAACUAUUCAAUAUCUAUUAUUGUGGGUCUUUGAAUUUCAGUGAUAUUCUCGUCGCAACUGGACGAGUUCCUCUUCGUUUAUAUCCUCUUCAUGAUAGUGUUCAUUACAUGCCAUCAAUUGGUAUUGAGUUUUCGGGUAUCAAUUCUUCUGGUGAACGAGUUAUGGGUAUUUGUAAUUCUAGUGGAUUAGCAACUUCAUCAAUAAUCCAAUCAAAUUCAUCUCGUAUCCUUGUUCCUGAAAAUUGGACAUUAGCCGAAGCUGAAAACGUUCCUGUUGUUCCUGAUAUUUUGACAAUGAAUGUACAAUUUUAAUACAAUGUAAUUUUUGAAAUCCAAACUAACCUCUAAACUGAAUGAUAAACUAUUAUCCAUUUGAGAUAAUUAAAAAAUUGAUUUUUCUCAUGAACUCUGAAUUAAUGUCUAAAUAAAAGCUGAUCAUUGAAUAAAACAUAA